CUUCUAAAGCAAUGAAACAGUUAGAACUCAGAGGUUUUGUUAUUUUAAUGUUCUAUUUGACUGAAUCCCUAACCUUGCCCACAAAGCCUCAAGAUGUAGAUGACUUCAGGAUUACCCAGAAAUUUAUAGAGGAGAAUGUUGGAUAUAUCACCAUCAUUGCAUUUGCUCAGUAUAUUCAGGAGGCAUCCUUUGAAGAAGCAGAAAUGUUGAGGAAAGCCAUGACAGAAUACAAAGAUCAAUGCUUGGCUAACAUGACACUCCCAAUGUGCUCAAAAUUACCUAAUGAUGUUUUACAGGAAACGAUAUGUGCUAUAGAGGGGCUGCCACAAAAGCAUAAUUUUUCACACUGCUGCAAUAAGGUUGACUUUGAAAGAAGACUUUGUUUCUUUCGUAAUAAGAAAGCUGGUGUAGAAUUUCUGCCCUCUCCCCUUACUCUGGAUCCUGAAGAGAAAUGCCAGGCUUAUAAAAAUAACAGUGAAUCUUUUCUAAACAACUAUAUUUAUGAAGUUUCCAGGAGAAAUCCCUUUGUUUUUGCCCCUACGCUUCUAAUGCUUGCUGCUCGUUUUGAGGUGAUAACUAAAACAUGUUGUGAAGAACAAGAUAAAGCCAACUGCUUUCAAACAAAGGCAAAAUCUGUCAUACAAUUUUUAAAAGCAUUGUCUUCUUAUCAAAAAAAUGUCUGUGGGGCAUUUUUGAAAUUUGGACUGCAAGUCUUAAACUCUAUAAACAUUGCUAUACUUAGUCAAAAAUUCCCCAAGAUUGAAUUUAAGGAACUCACCUCCCUUCUAGAAGAUGUUUCUUCCAAAUUUAAUGGAUGCUGUGAAGGUGAUGCUGUACACUGCAUUCGAGGCUGGAGCAAAGUUAUGGACCAUAUUUGUUCAAAACAAGAUUCCAUCUCCAGCAAAAUCAAAGAGUGCUGUGAAAAGAAAAUACCAGAGCGUGGCGAGUGCAUAAUUUCCUCAAAUAAAGAUGAUAGACCAAAGGAUUUAUCUCUAAAAGAAACAAAAUUUACUGAAAACAAAAAUGUGUGUGAAGAACGAAAUGCUGACCAAGACAUCUUCAUGGCUGAGUUUCUUUAUGAAUACUCAAGGAGACAUCCAGAACUGUCUGUGCCGGAGCUUUUAAGAAUUGCUAGCGUGUACGAUGAUCUCCUGACAGAGAGUUGCAACACCAAAAACCCUCCAGACUGUUACUGUAAUGCGGAAAACAAAUUCAAUGAGACAACUGAGAAAAGCCUCAGGAUAGUACAACGAGAAUGUGAUCAUUUCCGGAAUUUGGGGAAGGAUGACUUGAAAUAUCACUACCUUAUCAAACUCACCAAGAUAGCCCCUCAGCUCUCCACCGAGGAACUGACCUUUAUUGGCGAGGAAAUGGUGACAGCUUUGACCACCUGCUGCACACUGAGUGAAGAGUUUGCCUGUGUUGAUAAUUUGGUGGAUUUAGUUCUUGGAGAGAUAUGUGGAGUAAAUGAAAAUCGAACCAUCAAUCCUGCUGUGGACCACUGUUGUAAAACCAACUUUGCCUUCAGAAGGUCCUGCUUUGAUGCCUUGGAAGCAGAUGAAACAUAUGUGCCUCUAUCUGCUUCUCAGGGUUUAUUUACCUUUCACACAGACUUGUGUCAGGCUCAUAAUGAAGAGCUCCAGAGAAAGAAAGACAGGUUUCUUGUCAACUUAGUAAAGCUGAAGCCUGAACUUACAAAUGAGGAGCUGUGGUCAUUGUUGACAGAUUCCGCUAACGCAGUAGACAGGUGCUGCAAAGCGGAGAGGCCUGAAGCCUGCUGGAAUGAAGAGGGUCCAAAAUUGGCAGCCAAAAGCUGGGCUUCCUGAGAAAUAUAAAUUAAAAACCAGCAAAGGUUGUCGAGAAAAGAGAGGAAGGCCAUCUUAUCUGCUUCCAUCCGUCCUGUGGUGAAUUUCAUUUUCUUUGACGAACACAGUAAAAAGAUUCUCUGGAACUUUUACCUGAAAUCAUGUUAUUGCAGCAAGCAAUAAACAACAAAAUUA